AUGCCAGAAAAAGGUGAGUUGGUCCCAAAGACUUCUGAGGGAGCAUAUCAGUCCGACUUUAUCCAGCAGUUUUUUUCAAACACAGUGAGAAUUAACAAGAGAGCCGUGGAGAAAGCUCUGCAAGAUGCGCUCAAAGAGAAUGCAACAACAGAGGAAGGGAUUGAGAAGAAGGACAAAAAUGUGGCAAGAUUAAUCUUGCUGGACUUGUUCAUCAAGUUUCUGUUCCCAAAUGCAGGAGGAACAAUUUCAUGGGACUACGUAAAAGCCUGCGAAAAUUUGGAUAAGAUCGGAUCUUAUGACUGGGCAAGGGAAGUUGGAAGCUUCUUAAAAAAGUCUAUAAAGACUUUGAAAAAGAAAAAGGAGUCAAGCAGCCCAUAUAGUAAUACAGGGGGCUGUGUUCUGAUAAUACUGUAUUGGUUCUGCCAAAAGACUGGAAAAAUCAAGCCAAUAUCUGGAAGGGAGAACGAAGAUUAUGGGAUGAGAAAAUGGGACAUCCAGAAACUGAUAAAGAAUUGGCCAAGUUUUAACAGCUUGAAAAAAAUAGAGAAAAUAUUUGAAAACCUGAAGGAGGAUAGAGAGGAAUCAGAAUCCGAGGAAGAGGAGAAUAGAUCAGAUGAAGCAAAGACAGUUCCGGAAGGAGAGGAAAAAGGAGCUGAUGAUCAGAAUUGUGAAAACGAAGAAGAUAACCUAGAAGUUGAGGUGGCUGAACAGGAAACAGCUUCAGAAAAAAACAAAUGGGAGAAAGAGCUUCAGAAAAAGGAGGAGGAGAUAAGAUAUAUGACUGCGGAGAAAGAUAAUUUGAAGAAAAAGCUGAACGAAAAGGAACAGGAACUAAGGAAAAUCACAGAGGACUUGGUGAAUCUGGAGGAACGAAAUGCUACACUUGUGACCGAGAAUUUCUGCCUUGCUUCAUCGGUGAACGAGUUAGAGAUAAAAUUGAAGGAAUUGGAGAAAAUGUUGAGCCCAAAGACUCGCACCUCAACAGCAGCUCAGCAGCACAGCUCCCCACCUCCUAACUCAACAGAAGGAAAAAAUGAAUUAAAUGGAGCUGCAUCUAAGGCUGCUGAAAACACAAAAGAGAAAGAUCAAUUGACUGUUGAGGAAGGUCAGUCCCAUGGGAUCUGCACAGUCGAAGAAUCUGCAGAAGCAGCAUCUCAAUCUCCACCUCACUGCACAGUGGCAGAAGAAACUAAAUCUACGCCUCCAUCACACAAGGAGUCACAGUUCCAGAGCCCCACAUUCCACAUGCUCACAGUGGCAGAAAUGGAACAACAAGCUGACAAGUGGCAGAUAGUGAAAAGUCCUAUAGUUGAAGAAGCAUUUCAACUUCGUACGUUGAGCAUAGAGAAAGAGAAGAAGACACCAGAGCAGAGCCAAAAGGGAGAGUUAACAAUGCACCUUACAGAGCAACAUUCCGGUGAAACGCUAGAACAGAUGGUAGCACAACAGAAGUUGGACGAUUUACCAGAGGAUGUUCUGGAAGCAAUAAGAGAGAUGGACACUGCAGAAAAUGCACAAAUCAAUAAAGAGCCAGAAGAGAAAGAGCAACCUGCUGAGGUCGUACUCUGGGAGGAGAGCAAAGUAUACAAUUUUAUGGACCAGGACACCAAGAGGAGAGUCCAGAAAUACUGGCAAAAUGCACCAUCAGGGUAA